CCUAUAUACCUCAAUAGAUAGGAGAGUAUUAAUUAACGAUGAGUUCAUCUUUCACGAUGAUUGGUUAAAAAUGACCAUACAAUUUCAUGAAUUUUGAUCGUCUCAAUGGUCACUUUGAAUCAUCCAACCAGAAAGAAAGAAACACACACUUUGAAAAUCUACAUAAACUGGAUACGUUCUAACAACAAUUAUUAACGUUUUCAAGAAGAAGAUGAGAUAUAAGUUUUCCUGUGACCAGCUGUUAUUCGUUUAUUUGAUGGUCAGCUUGGCUUUUAAGAUCUUCAAUUGUCAACAUGCUUGUGACGAAAUGAAUUUGAAUAGAGCAAAUGAACUAGUAUUUGAACGUGAAUCACAUGAAUAUUCUCACUAUUAUUAUUAUUCCCGAUUGAUUCGCCUAAAUCAACCCUCUCCUUUUGUUAAUGGAACGUUUGAGAAAUUGGUUACUGAUGAAGUGAGUCAACUAAAUUUUGCAAAGAUUACUCCAAAAUUCUCUUUUAAAUUUUACGGCUCUGAUGUCACUAGACUCGUCAUUACCAAAUAUGGUUCAAUAGAAAUAUACGGAGAAACGUUCUUAGGAGCAAUUGACCAUUAUGUACCUGACAUUAUUUCGUCUGAAUGUGAGAUUUCGAAUGAUAAGAACGUAUUUGCACAUAGAUUGUCAUUCCAAAUAUCAGAUUUAAAUGGCACAUUCAAGGUAACUACUCUGAUACAUUCGAAUGGAAAGAUAUCUUUCUAUUAUGAUAACGUACCUUGGGGAUAUGAAAACUAUUAUUCACGAUCGCAAAUUUUCGGUUUAUUUGAGUGUGGAGAAGAAGAUCAGAGAGACGUUGGCAUAUAUUUUGAUGCAAAAUGGGUCAAAAGUGGAACGUUAGUGGAGUUUGAAGUUUCCGGUGAUUGUGAAAAACACAAUUCCAUCGAAACAUGUCAAAACUCAACAACAUCGAAUACAUGUUUUUGGUGUAAGGUGGCGAACAGGUGCAUUGUCGACAAUAAUAAGGAUAUUCAUGACUUCAAAGUAAAUGGUUGCCAGAUUGUAAAUAGCUUGAGUGUCAACCUAAUGAAAGAAUCAACCCAUGUCGAACAGGCCAAAACGACUUCAAGUAUAAUGGAAUCUGAAUUAAUAGAUGAAUUGAAGAAAACUGACCAAGUACCUGAAUCUGAUUUCAAUAGCUCGAGUGUCAACCUAUUGAGUACACCAACUCUUGUCGAACGAACUACCACAACUUCAAGUAUAAGGGAAUCUGAAUUAAUAGAUGAAUUGAAGAAAACUGACCAAGUACCUGAAUCUGAUUUCAAUAGCUCGAGUGUCAACCUAUUGAGUACACCAACUCUUGUCGAACGAACUACCACAACUUCAAGUAUAAGGGAAUCUGAAUUAAUAGAUGAAUUGAAGAAAACUGACCAAGUACCUGAAUCUGAUUUCAAUAGCUCGAGUGUCAACCUAUUGAGUACACCAACUCUUGUCGAACGAACUACCACAACUUCAAGUAUAAGGGAAUCUGAAUUAAUAGAUGAAUUGAAGAAAACUGACCAAGUACCUGAAUCUGAUUUCAAUAGCUCGAGUGUCAACCUAUUGAGUACACCAACUCUUGUCGAACGAACUACCACAACUUCAAGUAUAAGGGAAUCUGAAUUAAUAGAUGAAUUGAAGAAAACUGACCAAGUACCUGAAUCUGAUUUCAAUAGCUCGAGUGUCAACCUAUUGAGUACACCAACUCUUGUCGAACGAACUACCACAACUUCAAGUAUAAGGGAAUCUGAAUUAAUAGAUGAAUUGAAGAAAACUGACCAAGUACCUGAAUCUGAUUUCAAUAGCUCGAGUGUCAACCUAUUGAGUACACCAACUCUUGUCGAACGAACUACCACAACUUCAAGUAUAAGGGAAUCUGAAUUAAUAGAUGAAUUGAAGAAAACUGACCAAGUACCUGAAUCUGAUUUCAAUAGCUCGAGUGUCAACCUAUUGAGUACACCAACUCUUGUCGAACGAACUACCACAACUUCAAGUAUAAGGGAAUCUGAAUUAAUAGAUGAAUUGAAGAAAACUGACCAAGUACCUGAAUCUGAUUUCAACAUGACAACAGAAAUGACUGGAGGCAAUGAACCUGGGAAAAAAAGUCCUUCCUUACACAUCGUCAUACGUUAACUUAUCUCUUUCUUGGUUGUGUGCAGUGGCUGUGCCAUAUGCCUAUGGUUGUGCAGUAAAAAGACUUGUAUGCCAUGGCUCUCAAAAAGACUUAUCGCUUGUUUUCAUCAUGCUUAAUUUUCUGUCUUCAUUUUGUAGUUUAUUAAAAACACUUUAUAUUAAGUUAUUCAUUUCAAUAAAUUGGAGAUUUUUUCGUUGAACUAACAACAAUUUUUAUGGUUAUUCACGUUGUAAUUGACGUAAUUUAAUUGGUGAGACAUAAAACACGGAUUCCUAUGUCUCUGUGAUGGUUUUUACUCAAUUAAAACGUAUAUUACUUAUACAAGUGUUUACAACACUGCAGAAUGUUUGUGUGUUGGGCUUCUGUUCAAUUCAUUGAUGAUGAUAUCAUACUCCGUUAUUAAAUCCUUAUGAUGUGGAAGCUUCUGAUGACCAUACCAAAUUAAUAAAUCUUAAUAAGAUUGG